GUUAAUCGUCUCAUAAUAUCUAGAAGUUCCCUGAAGAAUUUUCUUGUCAAUUGCAAAAUUGCAACAAGAGAUUCGAUUCAGAGAAAAAAGCUCAUUUAUCCGAGACUGGGACAUCUUAUUAAUGAAGUCACCUUUUGA